UCGUUCCACCUCCACGUCUACCUUUGAGCUCCUAUUUCCAUAAUGGCUGACGUGCCUAUCGUUCUGGAUGGUGGAACUGGUUUCCUGAAGGCAGGCUACGCCGGACAGAACUUCCCCGAUCACCAGUUCCCCUCCAUAGUUGGACGUCCGAUACUGCGUGCCGAGGAGCGUGGAGGCGAUGGCGACAUCAAGAUCAAGGACAUAAUGUGUGGUGACGAGGCUGCGGCGGCGCGUUCCAUGCUACAGAUUACCUACCCCAUGGAGAAUGGUAUCGUGAAGCGGUGGGACGACAUGCAACAUCUUUGGGACUACACCUUCUACGAGAAGAUGAAGAUUGAUCCUACUGGCCGCAAAAUCCUCCUGACCGAACCGCCAAUGAACCCCCUCAAGAACCGCGAACAAAUGGCAGAGGUCAUGUUUGAACGCUAUGGCUUCGGAGGCGUAUACGUGGCGAUACAGGCCGUGCUAGCUCUGUACGCUCAGGGUCUGUCAUCCGGCGUAGUGGUGGAUUCUGGUGAUGGCGUCACACACAUUGUUCCGGUCUACGAGAGCACCGUCCUGAACCACCUCACCCGGCGUUUGGAUGUGGCCGGUCGGGACGUGACGCGGAAUCUCAUUGCUCUCUUGCUACGGAGAGGAUACGCACUCAAUCGCACAGCCGACUUUGAGACGGUCCGUCAGAUCAAGGAGAAGCUUUGCUACGUCUCGUACGAUCUUGAGUUGGACCAGAGGCUGAGCGAGGAAACCACAGUCUUGGUGGAGUCAUACACCCUUCCCGACGGACGCGUUAUUCGGGUAGGCAGCGAGCGCUUCGAAGCACCGGAAUGUUUAUUCCAGCCGCACCUCGUCGACGUUGAACAACCCGGCAUUGCAGAGUUCCUGUUUAAGACGAUCCAGGAUGCCGAUGUCGACGUAAGAAGCAGUUUAUACAAAGCCAUUGUGCUGAGCGGUGGUAGCAGCAUGUACCCAGGUCUGCCCAGCCGUCUGGAGAAGGAGUUGAAGCAGCUUUGGCUCACCAGAGUGCUUGGAGGAAACCCGGAACGUUUGAAUAAAUUCAAGGUGCGCAUAGAAGACCCGCCUCGACGGCGCCAUAUGGUCUUCCUGGGAGGUGCCGUGCUAGCAAACAUUAUGGCGGACAAGGAGAGCAUGUGGGUAUCAAAACAGGAGUGGGAGGAACAGGGAGCGCGAGCCCUGGACAAACUUGGAGCACGAUGAGGAGAGAGAAGAAUACCUAGGUAUGGAGAGAUGGAGACGUGCGAAGGGCGAAGGGCGAUGCAGGCACUUGGCGCCGACUGUGUCGAUGGAUAUUGCUAGACAGGGCCACUGCGUCCCUCCCAACAAAAACCUUCAUCUAGUAUCGUUACGUGCCGUCUUGUGUUGUUGUUCAUCGGACGAUAGAAACC